AAGUACACUGGCAUCAACUUUUGAACAUGUACAAAUUUUCUUUGCGACAAGAAAACUGUUUGCGACCGCAACCUUUUGCAACGGCUGAAAACUCUCAUAGCACAGACAAUUGUCCCAUCUUGCUUAUCGUACAGAAAACCUCUUCCAACAACUUUUAGGUCCAAAAUCCAAAAUGUCACACACCUGCCACUCAUAACUUGGAGCUUCCCGUUGAAUCAUUUUUGUGGGUUUCGGCUUCACCUUAUGUUAGAGGCAAGCAAAGACGUUCCCACAAAAGCAAAAAAAAGCAAAUCGCCACUCUCCUGUGAAAAACGCGUUUCUCCAUUUUUUUCAUUUCCUAUUUUUUUAUGUUAAUGGAUGUCUGAAUGUGAGUGAAUGAACGCCUUCCUCCCUUGACACAUCCAUGUGGUUGAAUGCGGCCGGUGUGCCUAAAGCAGACGCUUGUUCGGCCGGGUCGGCUACUUCCUGUCGGCCUCCUCUUUCUCAUCUUUCUCUCUUCUGCCUCCCCCUCCCUUCUCUGUUUAUCAGCUCAGCCAGCCUGGCCGACGCCCUCUGCUCCCGGUGAUCCGCAAUCAUGAACAAGGUGGAGGGCUACGUCGUCGCUCCUGUGAACUCGUCGUCCUCGCAAGGGCCCAGUGCCCCGUCGUCUCCCGCCACUGCCGUCAUCAUGGCACGCGUGGACGAACAGGUGGUGGCAUACCGCGAUCUGGCGGCUAUACCCCGCGAUAAAGCCAUCCUACAGGUGGAGCGACCUGACCUCAUGACCUACCAGCCUCACCUCAGCUUCUCGCCGCUGGACCCUCCGCGCAGACAGCGCUCUCUUUCUCCGCCCGCCACCUCGCCCACCAUGUCUCCUGAGGUCAAAGGGCGGCGAGCAGAAAGCGACAGCGGCUCCCCUGGAGGCUCCAUGUUGCAACUGCACGCCGGACGCAAAAUCAGCGCCAGUCUCCAACACUUCCACCGGCCAGAUAAUGGGACAAACAUCUACAGAAAGCCUCCCAUCUAUAAACAAGGUGAGUACCACUUGACACAUUGUGGUCACGUUUCCACCUUCCCUCACUGUGGCCCCCCUCCUCGCAACCUUGAACCAGAAGGUUCCAAGUCCACCAGCGGGAGCGUCGGCGGCGUCAUCCAGGCGGCCAAGUUCCCGGCCGCUCAGCCUCCCGAUCCCAAGCUGCCGUCCAAGAUCGAGACCGAGUUCUGGCCUUGCCCCCCGUCGCUGGCUGCCAUGGAAAUCGAGUGGCAGAAGAAGAAAAUGGAGGAAGAGGAUGACGACUUUGAGGAUCUGACUGACGAGGCCAAGGUGUUGCAGGAGCAGGAGCUGGAAAAGAUCAAGUCCAACCUGGGCCGUCUGAUCCUACGCGAGGAGAAGGAGAAAGGUGGCGACUUCCGGCGGAAGACGCGCUCACUGCCCGACAGAACGCACGCACACGGCAGCCUGUCAGCCAACGCGUCGAAGUCGCCGUCGCGUUCCAGCUCCGGUCUGAGCAGAAGGCAGUCGGCCGAGUUUUCCCAUGACGGCCACAAUGCAGUGGCUCAGAACGGCGGCCCACAGCGUGGUCCUCUGGACCGCGGGACAUCGCUGCCAAGCAUCUUGGAGCAGAAGCAGGUUUAUCCCUACGAAGCGCUAGUGGUGACCCACAGAGGGCGCUGCAAGCUCCCACCCGGAGUGGACCGAACCAGACUGGAGCGACAUCUGGACCCUCAGCAGUUCCAACAAGUUUUCGGGAUGAGCGCCUCGGAGUUCGAGCGCCUGUCACUAUGGAGACGGAACGAACUGAAGAAGAAGGCCUCGCUUUUCUGAGAGGAAGUGACCAUACCAGAAGAAUAUAAUUUCCUCAUUGUUGCUCUCUCACACAAACACACGUACGCACACACACACACACACACACACACACUGCUUACUUCGUGGUGACCUGCUUCCAUCAAAAUAGUUGAGGAACCCGACAAGUGCUUACGAUUUACACACAUCCACAUGCACAGCAGUACACAAACAUCCACACACACACGCAUUCACAAAGACGCCUAACCAUACGUGCACAGACAUGUGUGAUGCGUUCCCGUGGUUACUAGUGCAUGUGACGUCACGUAUCCCGCGGUGGCGUCAAAGAAGAAUGAGGGACGAGGCAGCCCGAAGAAGCCGACGUGUCGCUGCUCUUACUUUGAAGGGCCGAGGUUUUGUUUGUGGUUUUUCUUUGCUCACGUUUCCUGGCGUCUGUCUGCUCAUCGAUGUCAACCGUGUAUGCACGCGCCACAAAUAAACUCCCAUAAACACAACAAAU